CAGUAUUGUUUAAUCUUACUGAACAACCCUGAGAACAUUAGGUUACACUGAUGAAAGUCAUUUUUAAUGGUCAGAUCAUGAAAUUGCUUGAUAAAGUAACAUUUGCACUUUUACUUUCCGUAGUGUGUAUGGUCAACAUGUCUUAGUUUGUUGUACGAGAUUAACUGCUAUCGUCCAUUUGGGUGAAGCAUUUUAUACAUCGUAAUUUGUACAACUAGGCAGCAGUAAACCUGACAUGAGCCUCUGUUUUUUUUCCAGGACAGUGACAUCCAGAAGAAGAUCGACUAUGAGAUCCGUAUGCGUGAGGGUGCGUGUAAGCUGCUGGCUGCAUGUUCUCAGAGGGACCAAGCGCUGGAGGCCUCCAAGAGCCUGCUCACCUGCAACGCCCGCAUCAUGGCCUACAUGUCAGAGCUGCAGCGCAUGAAAGAGGCGCAGGUCAUGCAGCGGAUCGCACGCAGGUCUUCCGAUGCAGGUCCAAUGGAUGACCGAUCCCCAUGUAAAGGCAAAGUAGCCAUUUCAGAUCUCCGGAUACCUCUUAUGUGGAAAGACACAGAGUAUUUUAAGAAUAAAGGAGAGCUGCAUCGGUGUGCUGUGUUCUGCCUGCUGCAGUUGGGUGGUGAGAUCUUUGACACAGACAUGGUGAUGGUGGACCGGACGCUGACAGACAUUUGCUUUGACAACACUAUUGUCUUUAAUGAGGCCGGGCCUGGGUUCGAGCUGCGUGUGGAGAUGUAUAGCUGUUGUUCAGAGGACGACUACUCAGCAGGCAGCACACCGAGGAAGCUGGCCAGCAAGCUGAGCUCGUCUCUAGGCAGGUCAACGGGAAAGAAAAUGAAGGCAGGCUUGGAGCCUGGAGCCUGCAGUCCCACCAGUAAUGGAGGAGGAGCGACACUCCUGCUGCCUGUUCCCUCUGUACCGGGGCCCAAAUAUCAUCUUUUGGCUCACACAACCCUCAAUCUCUCUCACGUCCAGGACAGCUUCCGCACACAUGACCUCACCAUCACAGGAAACGAGGAGUGUUCGUACUGGCUGCCUCUGUAUGGAAGCGUGUGUUGUCGUCUGGCCGCUCAACCUCACUGUAUGACACAGCAGAUGAUGAGUGGCUGUCUAAGGGUAAAGCUUGGUGGUGAGCCACAAGGCUGGACAAAUGUUUAUGGUGUUUUAAAAGGAACAAAUCUCUUCUGUUAUCAUCAAAAAGAGGACAUGGAGGCCAGUGUGGAGCCCGUCUUAACUAUUGGUAUUAACAAAGAGACAAGAAUAAAAGCAGCAGAGAAGGACCCUCACAGUAAGGCACAGAAUAUCCGUAUCACUAACCAGUAUGGAGGAGAGGAGGUGACACACACACUAGCAGCGGACUGCAGAGAGGACACACAGCACUGGAUGGAAGCAUUCUGGCAACAGUUCUAUGAUAUGAGCCAGUGGAGGCAGUGCUGUGACGAUCUAAUGAAGAUCGAGCUGCCUUCACCACGCAAGCCUGCCAUAGUGACGCCGAAGCAGGGCUCCCUGUACCAUGAGAUGGUUAUUGACGCCUCUGACGACAUUGGAACGGUCACUGACAUCCUGGCGCGUCGCAUUGAAGAGUUUGAGCUGAGGACCCAGCUCGAAUCGCAACCUCACUGGAUGUCCCUGUUUGCAGAAGAUCCCCUGAGAACGCCCCUCAACCGUCAGCGUCUUCCGCCCCACUCGCCCAGCCCUCGCCUGCACAGCCGCCAGCCCCGCAGCCCACCCUGCCACCGCACACCCGGCCUUCUGUCCUCCAACGCCAGUCUGACCUCAGACGGCGACAGUCCCGCCAGCGCCAGCCCCUGCUUCCGCCAGGCACGGUCCCCCAACACCUCUUCCUCUUCCGCUCACUUCCGCCCACGCACCCUCUCCCUGGACGCCAAGCUCUCCACUCUGCGCUUCCGGUGCGCCUGCCAGCCCCCCACCGCCGGCUCCGUGUCUCCUCGCCCCGCUCAGACUGCCCUGUCCUGCUCCAGUUCCACUUCCAGCAGCAGCUCCAGUGAGGGCAGCAACAGUCAGGAGUCAGACCUGGGCUUCUCUAGACCGUCCAGCGCUCGCCGCAGCCUGAGGAACCUGAGAGCCAAGCUAGACCCCAGGAACUGGCUUCAGAGUCAGGUGUAGCUGUCACACUUCCUCUGGUUACUAUCAGAGCCAUUGUAAAUUCCUGUGUCCCCCUGGAAAAAAAACUGGAAUACCUGAGGUCAUGUUUGCUCAACAUCUUUCAUUUAACGCUUUUUACAUCAACUGGGAGAGACAACAUGCAACAUUAACUACUUCUGCCUUUUAAAGGAGCUUCUACAAUGGGAACUGAAUAUAUAAUACACCAUGAUAUAUAUAUAGAGUAUAGCAUUACACAUUGUCUCUUCAUGAAAUGGCCAUUAUUUUGGAUCUUUGGAGAAAGUGAGAGAGAUUCCUGAUGCAGUGGUUUUAGACUGGACUGAAGCAGUUGCCUUGGUGUUGCGAGAUCUAAAUGUUUUACUUUUUGACCAGCUAUUGUUUCAGUGCAUCGUUUUAGAUAUAUGAUUUAGAAGGUGCUUUAGGCUCAACACUGUCUUAAGUAUUCAUCAUCACAAAUAUUAAAGGCUGGCCAUACACUACCA